CGAGAGAGCGCGCAGUUGAAACGGAAGCGGAAAUGAUCUCUUCGUCCCCUUCCCCAAGCGCUCGCUAGUCCAUCAUACCCACAAGGGCCACAACCCUAGAGAGAGAGAGGGAGACACACACACACACACACACACACAGAAUGGCGAGCACUAGCAGCGGAGGGCUGAGGGCAGCUGCGUUGGUGGCGGCCAUGGCGGUGGCGCUGCUGUUAGGCGCGUGCUUGGCGGCCACGGACGCCGGAGACGCUCGGGUGAUGCACGAGCUGGCGACCGCCAUCGACCCCGGGGGCUCCGCCCUCGGGUGGUCUUCGUCGACGGACCCCUGCAAGUGGAAGCAGGUGUAUUGCAGUAGCGACGGGCGGGUGACGGGGCUCAGGCUGGGCGGGCUGUCGCUGGGCGGAACCCUCCCGGCGAGCCUCCGCAACCUCACCUCCCUCCAGACCCUUGAGCUCCAGAACAACAACUUUUCUGGCCCUCUGCCGAGCCUCGCCGGCUUGGGCUCCCUUUCCGUUGCCAUUCUCCACGACAACUCCUUCACCUCCUUCCCCCCGGACUUCUUCUCGGGGCUCGCCUCCCUCCAGGCCAUCUACCUCGACCACAACCCCUUCGCCCCUUGGGACAUCCCCCUCAGCCUCGCCGAUGCGACGGCCCUCGUUAACUUCUCUGCCAACGACGCCGGCGUCCAGGGCUCUAUCCCGUCCUUCGUGGGCACCUUCUCUAGCAUCCUCUCCUUUAACCUGGCCUACAACAAUCUCACCGGAGGCCUCCCUUCUUCCUUUUCCGGCACGUCUCUUCGGGUGUUCUGGCUUAACAACCAGAAAGGCCCGAAGCUCUCUGGCCGCAUCGACGUCCUCGCCAACAUGACCGACCUCGUCCAGGUCUGGCUGCAUUCCAAUGCCUUCACCGGCCCGCUGCCGGACCUCGCCGCCCUGACGUCGAUCACCGACCUCAACCUCCGGGACAAUCGCUUCACGGGGCCCGUCCCCUCUCUCGUCUCUAUCCCGACACUCAAGAACAUCUCGCUCACCAACAACCUUCUUCAGGGGGGAAUCCCGGUCUUCCAUGCCGGUGUGGGUGUCGACAACGACCCGAAGUUGAACCGAUACUGCCUCCCUACCCCCGGAAACUGUGACGAGAGGGUCACCGUCCUCCUCUCGAUAGCAGGCGCCAUGGCUUUUCCGGCUUACCUCGCAGACAGCUGGCAAGGGAACGACCCAUGCGGCGGCUGGGCGGGGAUUACAUGCAGUCCGAAUGGGAAUAUCACAGUCAUCAACUUCCAGGACAAGGGCUUUUCCGGAACCAUCUCGCCGGACUUUGGGAAGAUUCCCUCGCUGCAGAGGCUCAUGCUGUCCAAUAACAACCUCACCGGGUCGAUCCCGCAGGAGAUUGCCGACCUUCCAGCGCUCACCUAUCUGGACGUGUCAAACAAUUCCCUCUCCGGGAAGGUCCCGCUUUUCAAGCAGAAUGUGCAGCUUCUGAUGAGCGGGAACCCUCAGCUUGGGAAGGAUGAUGGUUCCCAGUCUGGUUCUGGCUCGUCCGGAUCAGGUGGGUCGGGCUCAGGAGGAGCUUCUGGAGGUGGCUCAGCCGGAAAGCGGUCGUCUGCAUCGGUUGGAGUGAUUGUUGGUUCCGUGGUAGCUGCAGUUUGCGCUUUGGGCUUGCUGGGGCUGUUGGCUUUCAUGGCGUACAAGAGGAAGCAGAAGGGAUUCGGAAGAGUGCAAAGUCCAAACGCAGUGGUCAUCCACCCACGGCAUUCUGGGUCUGAUCCCGAGCUGUUAAAGAUCACCGUCGCUGGAGCCAGCAGUGCCAAUGUCGUCCUGAACGGUGCGCAGAGCCAAGAGGCGGCUGGCCCGAGCGACAUUCAGUUGGUGGAGGCUGGGAACAUGGUGAUCUCAAUCCAGGUUCUGAGAAAUGUCACUAACAAUUUCAGCGAGGAGAAUAUUCUGGGCAGGGGCGGGUUCGGAACUGUCUAUAAGGGGGAAUUGCAUGACGGUACAAAGAUCGCGGUGAAGAGAAUGGAGUCGGGGGUGAUUGGCUCGAAGGGGUUGGAUGAAUUCACGUCCGAGAUUUCUGUCUUGACGAAGGUUCGCCACCGGCACCUUGUUGCGCUGCUUGGGUAUUGCGUUGAUGGCAAUGAAAAGCUUCUGGUCUAUGAGUACAUGCCUCAGGGGCCUCUGAGUAGGCAUCUCUUCAAUUGGAAGGAAGAAGGAAGUAAGCCCUUGGAUUGGAAGAAGAGGCUGAGCAUAGCAUUGGAUGUGGCAAGAGGCGUGGAGUAUCUUCACAGCUUAGCUCACCAGAGUUUCAUACACAGAGAUCUCAAGCCUUCCAAUAUCUUGCUUGGGGAUGACAUGAGAGCAAAAGUAGCAGAUUUUGGCCUGGUCCGGUUAGCUCCAGAGGGGAAAUAUUCCGUCGAGACGAGACUUGCUGGCACAUUUGGCUAUCUGGCACCAGAAUAUGCAGUUACUGGGAGAGUAACAACAAAGGCAGAUGUAUUCAGCUUUGGCGUGAUUCUCAUGGAGUUGGUUAGUGGCAGACGAGCUCUGGAUGAGACCCAGCCUGAGGAGAGCAUGCAUCUUGUUACCUGGUUCAGGAGGAUGCAUCUAAACAAGGAUGCAUUUAGAAAUGCUAUAGACUCUUCAAUUGAACAGAAUGAGGAGACACUUUCCAGCAUCUUGAUUGUUGCAGAGCUCGCUUGCCAUUGUUGUGCUAGAGAGCCAUAUCAGAGACCUGACAUGAGCCAUGCUGUUAAUGUGUUAUCUCCACUUGUUGAGCAGUGGAAGCCAACAGGCCCGGAUGCGGAUGACUUGUAUGGUAUUGACCUUGACAUGACUCUGCCUCAAGCUCUAAAGAAAUGGCAAGCCUUUGAAGACACACAGAUGGGUGAUAGUUCCUACCCUGCUUCGAUGGCUAGUCUAGAUAACACACAGACUAGCAUUCCAAAUAGGCCGUCAGGGUUCGCCGAUUCUUUCACCUCUUCUGAUGGGCGUUGAGGAGUGUAAGGUAAAUGAUUUGAGCAAGGAAAAUGGUGGCACCUUACAUUUCUGCUCCUGGUUCGCAUGUUUAUUCUGAUUGCUUACAUCUUCUGGCUCUAUCGUGAUGGAGCUGAUGCGGAUUGGGUACAUAAAUAUCUUGGUUUCUUGAUUUUGUGUGUCAUAUGUCGGCCUAAUAGUGGAAGAAUUCUUCAAUUCUGCUUUCUGGUCUUUUACAUGUCAGAAUGCUGGUCUUCUUAUUUGCUUUUCUCCAUUGUAUUUACACCGUAUCAAGCAGGUUAUGCUGGUAUGGACUGGAUUGUUUUUUGAAUGACCUAAAUCUUGUAACCCUGGUAGACGUCAGUAGGUUCAUUGUAUUUUAUUCAAAUGAAGAGUUCUGUCUUGACUUCAUUUUGUAGAAGGCAAGGUAGAAGGCAAGAUUCGUCUGCACCUGUAUGGUUAUUUAACCUUCGUUCAUUUCAUCUCUAUUUCUGUAA